CUCAGCAUCAUGUACAUCUUCGCUAGAUACCGAUUUAACUGGGAUGAAGUUAAAUACAGCAUCUAUUCUACUUACAGUCUUAUUGCACAUUCUAUAGGAACGAUCUUCAGCAUAAGCGUGUUCAGUAAGAAACUGAAAGCAGAUGACGCUGUGCUUGGCAUGAUAUCGACGACCAGCAGAAUUUGUGGCUCGUUGGUUCUGGCCUUUGCCAGGACCGACGUUGAAGUUUAUAUGGCACCUCUUGUGGAAAUUCUGAAUGGUACGACAUCAAUUGCGUUGAGAUCGAUUGCAUCUAAGCUGGUGUCGUAUCAGGAACUUGGCAAAGUGUACUCCUUGUUUGGUGUGGCUGAAACUGUGAUGCCCCUGGUGUUUGUACCUAUGUACUCCAAAUUGUACAUCAAAAUGCUGCACGUACUGCCUGGUGCACCAUUCUUGCUGACUGUACUGGCCACUAUACCUGCACUUGGAAUAUUCGGAUGGUUCUAUCAACAACACAGGAAAGACGACAAGGCGAAAAGACUGGAAAUACCGAACACUCCACCGCCAUCGAGCGUCACUGUUACCACUGAAUCCAAAGACAGUUGCGUCAGUAACUGCAGUUGAAUGAAGACUACAAUUAUUUAAAUUUUAAAAGUAUUAAUAGUUAUUUGUUAUUAAAAGGCUGCAAAGUUGGUGUUUUGACGCGAAUACUUGUAUCGAAACUUGAUCAAACAGAGAAGUCUAAGGGUCGUAUUCUAGAACUCUACUCAAUGCUCAAGUCAGGAUUUGAGUAUGUUUUAAAGCACUCGAUAUCACACUCAAGUCCCUGCCAUUAGGGUCGU